CAUGACUUCAGUAACCACGCGUGUUUUUUAAGAUGGUUAAGUGGCUGUUGUUAGUAAUAUUAACAGUGGUAGAGGCAAAAUUAAAUGAUCAGUAUGACGUUUGUCCAGAACAGAUAUCCAACAAGUCCAAUUUACAAAAAUGGAUACCCGAUAAAACCAAUGCAACAACCAUAAUAGAGGAAAUUAAUUCUUCCAAGUCUAAUAUGGUUAAUUCACGAUCGUUGAAAUUUUCUCAUUUGAAAAGUGUCAACGAUAUUACUGAUGAUUUAUACUACGCGAUGCCACCACUAUUCCAGUUGGACGAUUAUCACGCGUGCCUGGUUCGAAAUGGAACUUUUUGCCUAGGCUCCUUCCACUUAUCAGCCCCUGACGACAACCAACUUUAUAGGCUUCUACAGUGGGUGUCUUCCAAUGCGAGAAAUCGGUUCAACCAUACACAGCUGCAUCGAGGAUUGUGUCUGAACACAAGCUGCAUCGUAUCUAACACACCAAUGUCCCAUAAACAGAAAUUCCAGCAGUGCGUUAAUAAUAUCACAAGGUCUCAAUAUGGCUUAGAAGCUUCCUUGCUACGCCUGGAUUACUGCAAGGACGCGCAGACACCAUCGAGCGUACCGCUUGAUGUCGUCGAUCACAUUUUCUUAGCACUCUGCAUCACGCUACUUGCCGCAAAUGUGCUCGGAACACUAUACGACAUUUUUAGGGAUAAGACAUACAAAGGCAACCAGCUUCUUUUAUCGUGGUCUGUUAUCAGCAACUACAGGAACUUCACUCAUAUUUACCCCAACGAAGACACCAUCGUGUCCCGGUUCAACUCAAUACAUGGUAUAAAAUCAUUUAUCCUGCUAUUAAUAAUGAUGGCUCAUUCGGCAAUAGCGAUACAUAUGUCUUACAUUUACAACACUAAAACACAAGAAACGAUUGACGGGCAUCCAGCAUUAACGAUUCUGACGAAUGGCAGCCAGGGCGUGCAACCAUUCAUUGUCCUCUCCAGUUUUAUCUUCGUUCACAAUUUCCUACUUCUGGAUGAGCAAUACAAGAAGCGAUCUCCUGUCCUCAUAUUCUUUGUUAUGCUGCUACGACGCAUUGCAAGAAUAUUACCACUAUACAUAUUCAUGGUGGGUUUUACGGCAACAUGGAGUCGUUUUAUAGCCGACGGCACGAUGUGGACUCCAAUUAUGGAGAAGGAAGCUCAACUCUGCCGAGUGAAGUGGUGGUCGCACGCGCUGUUCAUAAAUAACCUUUAUCGCCCUGACGAUCGCUGUCUGAUACAAACCUGGUUCAUUGCAGUGGACAUGCAAUUGUAUGCACUAUCAAUCUUGCUGGCAAUCGCACUGACCCGUUGGACAAAAGUUGUGAUCAAAAUUAUACCAUUAUUAUUUUUCGUUACUAUACUUUGUAACUUCAUCGCUGCCUACACUUUUAAUUUAAAGGCUAGCUUGUAUUUAUCUAAUCCUGAAUAUUUGAAGAUACUACACUAUGGCAUGCCGUCUUUUAAAUGGCUGUAUGCGGCACCGUGGGCCAGCCUACCAGCAUCUCUACUAGGAGUGGCGACAGCCUACCUGUACUACGAAAUGCGCAAUAAUAAAAUCGACUUACACAAGUAUAAGUGGUUCAAAAUAAUAUAUCGAGUGUCAUUGCCCGGAUUUUUUGGAUGGAUCUACGCUGGCUAUUUUAUGCCUGAUGAGCCCAGUCGUUUACUAUCUGCGGUUUACGCGGCAUUCGAUAGACCUAUCACAUGUAUUAUCUUUUGUAUGGUACUGUUGGGUUUUAUCUACCGCAUUGAUAAUAUCUAUUGGCGCGCUAUGUCUUGGAGUGGGUGGCAAUUGUUAGGUCGCAUGUCACUUUGCAUUCUUAUGGUACACUGGACGUUCUGCCUUAUACAGGUUGCGACACAGACGAAUGUUAAAGAGGUAUCUGUUUUGGCGAAUUUAGGUCACUGGCUUGUGACAGUUUUUAUGACUUAUUUGACGUCUGUACCGCUCCAUUUGCUGGUUGAGAUGCCGGUACAAAAAUUUCUACGAGCUGCUCUGGGCGUAUAGAAACACAAAAGAAAAUAACCACAUUUAAUAUUCAAAGUUCAAGAACUUUAUCUAUAGGUCUUUCAAAAGAUUAAUUGUGUGUUAAAGAAG